ACAAGAUUACUGAUACAUCAGAAAACAUAGUACAUGAAAUAAAAGUGUCACAGGCUUGUUGCUUGAAUGACGUUACUGUGGAAACAUUAUCAGAUGAAAACAAUGUGGCACAAGUGUUGGUGUCUGUAAUUUCACUGGAACAGUUAUCAGACACAGAUGAGAUGCCUGGGGCAUCUUUCAUCAGGGAGGAUGAUUUCUCCUUGGAACUGUUAUCAGUGUUGAAUGGAGAGGAGGGGGAGGAAGAAAGGAUAGAUGGAAUGGGUCAAUCAGAUGUUUUCACUGAAGGGCAAGUUUCAGUGGUUGUGUCUGAAAAGAAGGCACUGACAGAUUCCUCUCUAACAUCUCCCAGUGAUAAGCAUCCCUCGGGACAGUUAUGUCUGUUAGAUGGCAGUGAUAAGCUCGAGGGAGGGGACAAAGUAUUAGAUGGAGUUGGUGGUGAAGACUUUGUUGGCACUGAAAAUAAGGUUUCACUAACAGCGUCAGAGAAAGAGAUUCUUCAGAAAUCCUCAGCUGCAGAUGAGGUGUUUUUGUUGGAAAAGACCAUAGACAGAACUAACAUGCCAGAAGUCCUUUGUUCAAGAGAUGUAGGGUUACCAUUGGGUCAUUUAGUAAAUUGUAUUGCAAAUGAGGAGGAAGAGGAGGAAAUAUUUGAUUCAAUUGAAGUAAAGUCUAACUGUGCUGAAGAACAAGCUUCCAUCAGUUCAUCUGAUGAACAGUUACCACCAAUGUUGUCGACUCUGUGUAAACAGUUUCUGAUUCAACAACUAUCAGAUAAAUCUAAGAUGCAAGGACCUCCAGCUGUAAAUGAGUUUCUGCUGAAUGGAGAUGAUGGUUAUUGGGGAGAGAAUAAAAUAUUAAAUGGAGAUUUAGAAAAAUCUGUUUGCUAUGAGAGAGAGGUGACAUUUCUGCUGUGCGAAAAAAAUAUGCAGCAACGUGAGUCCUCUAAGGGGGAACAAUUAACAGUCAAAACUGGAACUCCUGAGGUCACUUCUUCAACAGUUCAAGUAUCCCCAGUGAUAAUAGAGACAUUAGGGACUGGAGUUUGUAAUGAUAGCAGAGAGAGUGAGGUAUCUGGUGGUAGUAGUAGUGCAGAGUAUGAUGACAGCAACAUAAAGAUCUCACUGAAACAAUCAGGAAUAGAGACAGAGAGCGAGAUAUCUGAUGAACAAUCAGGAAUAGAGACACAGCAAGAAACUUCAGCAGUGGAUGACAAGUUUCCUUGGGAUCUUUUAACUUUAUUGAUUGAGGAGGAGGAGGAAGAUGACAAAGAAGAGAGAAUGAUAUUGAAUGAGGACGAAGAUGAUGAUGACAAGGAAGAGAGGAUAACAUUAAAUGGUAUUGAAGAACACGUUUCAGAUGCUGGGUCUGAAAACACAAUGCUACCAGACUCUCCGCGAGGACUUAACCUGGCAUUGAAAAGAUUGGCGCAAAAAAUCAAAACAUGGCAAGAUGGUUCCACAGAGGAAUCUUUAACAAAGAAAACUAAACUGUCACAGGCUGCUUCAUUGAGGGAUGGAUGUGGAUAUUUACUGGAGCAGCAUACGUCACAGAAUGGAGGAGAAAAUGGCAGUGAGAGGGACUCUGGACAGUCUGAGAACAUUUUAGAUGCACGGGAAUUAAUUUGUAAUGGAGAGCAGGAUUGGGUGACGUUGUCAGAGAAAUUUGAGAAUGGAGGUAAAGCUGACUGCAGUGUCAUUGAUGAGGACUCCGGUAUCCAUAUAGACCCAGUUUUGCUUGAGAUCGAGUACAUCUUGAUGAAGCUGAACAGUAAUGACAAGGACCCCAAGACGGAAGCAGCCAUGACAUCUGUAGCCACAGACGAGAAGCAGGAUAUGAGUAAAAAUGGCGACCCCUCCCCGCAGCCUUCCCAUAAUGCACGGCCUGGAUCUGGGCUGCGGAAACAGCUGCCACCUGUUCCUGACUCUGAAACUCAGCUCAAUUUAGCUUCCAAAAUGAUUGACAAGAAGACGUCCACGCCCAAAGGGAAUCACAGCUAUGGGCCUUUCUUCUUAGAGUAUUCCUUAUUAGCAGAAUAUAAUCAGCUUCAGAAGCAGAAGUUGCCUGGUGUGUAUGUGAUUCCGUCUGCCAAGUCUGCACUGUUCUGGAAUGGAGUGUUGUUCAUCAGGCAAGGUCUGUACCAGGAGGGCAUCUUCAGGUUCUCCCUGUUUAUACCAGAGAAUUACCCAGACGGGGACUGUCCAAGGUUGGUGUUUGACCCGCCCGUAUUCCAUCCAGUUAUCAAUCCUGAGUCAGGGGAACUCGAUGUCAAAAGAGCUUUUCAGAAGUGGAGGCGAAAUGUGAACCACAUUUGGCAGGUUCUUCUAUAUGCAAGAAAAAUAUUCUACAAAAUUGACACCAAGAACCCCUGGAACCCAGAGGCAGCUGUAUUAUAUGAACAAGAUUUAGACCUAUACAAACAUAAGCUAGCAGAAAGUAUAAAACUGUGCAAAGAUAGGUUAUACGACCCUCCCGAGUCUGAUGACCCCCAUGCUAUACGGUUUAGUGAGUGGGAGCCAUCAGUUCAUGAGAGCACCAGAGAUCAGUUGCUCCACCCAAAGGAAGUGAAAAAAAAGACCGAUGACGGCAGCAAGAAUGCGCAGACGUCGGGACUUUCCUGGAUGACAAAUGGUAGCUCUGAAAUCUUCGCCAAAGAGGAGGACAGCACUGAUGUUAUUACUUCUCUUAGGAAGAGCCGAGAUUCUUAGCAGGAUAGGAGACAUAUUGGUCUUUUUUUCCCCUCACAUAUAUGAAGAAAAAAUGACAAUGAGGAAGAAUUUGAUAUUGGCAUGUCAUUUUUGCAAGUGCUACCAUAGUUAUGCAGUCUUCUGCUUGUUCAGAAAGCUGACACUGUGCAGGAGGCGUUUUCUUCUAAAAAGAAAAGCUGGAAGUAAAACUGGGAUUUGCCAGUCUCUGGUUGUGUGUAAAACAGAGAAUUCAGCUAUGUGGAAGAGAAUGUGGAUAAAUAAUAAGGCUUGUUAUAUUUCAGUUUGUGAACCGUGCACAUAAGGAUUCAAAACUCUGCCAGUGUGUGAAUCUGAUAAAAACGAGCCAUGUUGAAAAGUUUGUCAAUUAAAACAAACUGCCAAUACUGUUAAUCAAGAACAAAGUACUGAGGAAGGUAGUUGUUUUGUGAUUAAUCAAGCCUGAAAAAAUAGGAAGGAUUGCUUUGCAAUAGAAUGACGCUCAAUUAUAGCAGCAUGGACUCUCAGGCUUCAGGGUUGACCCUCUCUUCUUGAGUUCACUGUCCAAGAGGACUGCUGAGUUGUAAAAUAUGUUACAAUAUUUAUUAAGUUGCAUUGCUUUACUAUUCUCAAUACAUCACUAGGCUUCAAUCACCCGCCUCUUUGGUUCCUUGGUUUGCUUCUGUGUUUAAGUCCCAAAAGGGCGGUUACAUUUAUUAAACUUUUUUAAAAAGAAUAAAAGAAAAUGAAAGGUUCUGUUGCCUUAAACAGGUUUGUCAAGGAGAGGUUGGUGCUCAGCAGGGAAACCUUUGAUGAAACAAAAUGAUCUCGUCUUGCGAAAAAGUUCAAUUUUAGAUGAGCAUCAUGCAUCUUGUUUAUUGUUUAUUGGUAAUUAGACUUUAUUUAUUUUUGACAGAUAAAAAGACAGAUUUAUGCAUGCAUUCUCAAGAAUUCUGAUUGGUUCAUCGUUUCUUUACUAUGGGCUCGGAUUUAUUUUAAUUAAUUACUGCUCAGACAAGCACCAGUUUAACUGACCUCUGUGAUCCAAGUUUUGUUAACUGGUCUCUUUUGUGGUUAAAAGUGCGGUGAUAAUUAAAGCUUUUGGCCUGAGCACAAGUUGAGCUUCUUAACUGUCAUUGCCACAAAAACUUCUUAUAGCUUGUAUGAGCCGCAAAACAACCAUUUGUUGGGGAAUGUGCAUUGUAUACUUACCAGAAUUGAUGAUUGAAUAAAACGGCCCCCUCCCCUCUUAUGAGAAUGAACUGCUCCACCAUCUUAUUACCAGUACACCAAAGUGGGCUUGCUCAUUUCUUGUGGAGGGGGGCAGGUCAUCACGGGGUAUUACUGGAGUUAUGUAUAUACCUAUUCCGUAAUUGUGUAGUAAAUUAAGAACAGACGGUGAGAAGUGUGCUUACUUGUGCUACAUUUUAUAUAAUGAUGGAUGCAAGAACAGACAGGAUCAAGUGAACAGUUUUCUUUAGAUGUUGUGUCCACGAGUCCAGAAAAAAAAAUCAGUUUUCUUUUUUGCUUAGAAAAUUGUCCAACUCCAAGAGGGCUUUUUUUUUUUCACUACAUGCUAUCACCCCUAAUCUGUUCUCACUGAAAUACUGGAUGAGCUGAAAGGUAAAUACAUUUUAUUGGACUUAAGAUUUAAAUGAAAAUAAUAUAUUUGGCAAGUUGUGUGAAUAACAUCAACCGUUCUGUAAACUGUUGAAAGAAAUAGU